CCUGUGUUUUCCCGAAACAUUUUUUCAGUGCCUUGUCUCUGCAAGAAAAUCUCCAAAAACUGUAAGAGAGAGCUCUCCCGAGCGGUUUUGUGAAAUGGGGCUCGCUUGGUUUCUGUAGGACAUCAAGGUUUGCCACCGGCUUCACGCCAUUUCAGCCAAAGCCGUUGGACUCGAUUAUGGAUGUCGAGAGGGUGAAGGAUCGCUCGCCCGAAGACAUCACUUCAAUUUGGGAUGAUGUAAUGUCUGAAAAUUUCAUUUGAAUUUUCUUUCCCUAGGAUUUGAGUUUUCAGAAGUUCUAAAUUAUUUUUUUAAUGGGGUUUGGUCUAAUAAAAUAGUUUCUUUGAUCAGUUUGGGUGCUUGACAAGUUACAAGAAAUCGGUGCAUUUGUUUGUGUGUACAUUUGAGGGGCUGAAACAAAUAGAAUCAAGCUUAUUGUCAUGAUGACUUCUAAAUAUAUCUAAUACGAUUAUUAUCAUUGACUUGCUCUUAUGGAGAUGGAUUUAAAAGAUUCAGACACACUUUUAGUAUGUUAAAAUGGGAAUUUUCAGUAUGUGCUAUAUAGCGUAUCCAAUUUGCUCUUAUUGGUGGAGGGGCUAUGCCAGAUUUAGACAAUUUACUCUCUGGCUAACUUCAAUAUCAACGAGUUCUUAUUGCAAAUUGGUCAAAGUGUUGUUUUAAGACAAUUCUAUUUUAGAAUUGGGGUCUUUUAAGAGAAUAUGAUAUGAUGAUUUUUUCUGUAGGCAGUACUCCCUACUCUUUGCUGCCAUUACCUUCUUUUUUUUGUCUCACCGUAAUACAACGUUAAAAAAAAUCCACAGAUGUUUCUCUUUUGCUUCUCGGGAGAGGAAAUGUCUCUGCGUACAUGACUCUGAAAUUCUUAUUACUCCUAAGUUUACAAGCUUUUCUAAAUUCUUUGGCCAAACUUAGAACGUGCCUUGUAGAAUAAGCCUAUUGUUGUCGAACACCUAUAUUACUCAAUGAAGUUGCAUCCAAGGAAUUCCUUUUCUUUGUAAAAAUCUACGAAUGGUCAUUUUGAGUAUCUAUUGCAUGGACUAUGCCUUCAUAUUAAACCUUAUUGUUGUAUUUUCGGAAAGAUAAUAUUUCUUUUGGCAACUUGAAUAUUAUGAGUGAAUUGAAUAUCCUUAUUUUGCAACAAAAUUGCAACAACAUUGAACUUUUUUCGUGUUCAUAAUUAGUUAUUGUUGGAGAUGUUGUGUUUUUCAGUAUCACUUGGGAAGAAGCCAGAUUGGUAAUCCCUUUAGAUUAUGUUUUUGUCCCCUUUGGCACAUUUUUAUUAAAUUCUAAGUUAUUGAAGAGAAAAGAAGAAAAGAUGUUUACAUCUUUUGUAUGUCCUCUUUCUAUAUUUUGCCAAUCAUACUUUUAUAUAUCAUUCAGCCGGUAUAUUGUCAUUCCUUUGUGGAGAGGAAGUGGUUAUACGACAAUGUUCGCACAAGUGCAGAUGCCACACAUCAUUUUCACUGAUCUUGAAGAUUACAUGGCAAGAGGAACUCAAGCAGCCCCAUACUUCACCUUGUCUUAUUACAAAGAAUUUGCUGAAAGGAAGGGCUUGGUGCUUAUCGGUGGUGAUGUAGUGUUCACCAGCAAGGUUGGUGACACAGAGGCAAAAUGGCUUUUGGAGACUGCCGAAUCUUUUUAUCUGAAUGAUGCAAGGUACAAGCUGGUUGAACAGUUCAACAAAAAAACACAUGAUUUUGAGUUCAAGGAUGUCUUGCAAGCAUUAGACAUGCCUGUGAUCUGCAAAAAGACAGGAACUUCUGUUAAUAUUGAGCGGGAGAGAAGGAUAUAGAUAGGAACUUUCCUUGCAGCCUUACGUUUUGAUAUAUUAAGAAGCAACUAGGUGGGAGGUUUGGAAGUUAAUUUCAUGUAAAAGCACAUUGAAGGUUCUGGUUUUUGCUACGGUUCUGUUUUCUUCAAAAAUAAGGUUCUGGUAUUCUCUUUUUCCCCCGAUUUAAA